CUUAUUUCAUCCUUUGACUUGAUUCCAGCCUUUAACCCUUGCAGCAGUUGGGAGAAAUGCAGCCUGAGUUGUCCUCGGAUCGUUGUUGUGUCUGUGGGUGACGCUCGGCUCUUCUCGGCUCGACUCGGCUCUGCUCGGCUCUGCUCGGCUCGACUCAGUGCAGGACGCAGGAGACAGUCGCUCUCCAAGGUGCUGAAAGUCGGAGCGCUCCCUCCACCAGUCUCUCGCCUUUGCUGACGAUGAAUGCACAACAAUGACUGUCUUCAACCCUCCGUUUGGUUUCAUUUUUCCACACUUCUUCUACCCUUUUCUGGAUUUUUUAUUUGGAUGUACACACACGCAUGUGACGAGACUGGCUGCAGCUUUCUAACAUCCACCUGCGUCGUUGGGAAAUAUUGAACUCCGGAUUCUCAUGAGGAACGCUAUAGAGGAUUUGUCUAGCUGGUUUUCUCUCUCUGUGUGUCUCUCUCUCUCCGUAUACCGCAUGCCUCUCUGGACGUGAACUGUUUGUCUUAAAAAAUAAAAAAAAAAGCCCAUUUUCCUCCAAGUGGUGGUGGUGAUGAUGAUGGUGAUGAUGAUGAUGAUGAUAAUGAAGUGCAGGACGGAUCCGGAGAGGAUACCGGGAGCCUAGGGAUGACAUCCACACUGUCUUGUUGAAUGUGGAUCUUGAUGCCGCGGAGAAGGAUGGGCCCUCUCCUCUCGGCCACCGUCACCGCCAUCGUCCACCUCCUGCUGCUGCUGCUGGCCUCCUCCGCCUCCUCGGUGCAGGGGUUACCGGAGGAUUACACCGCGGACGAGUCGGAGCGCACCGCCUCGGAGAGCAUCGUGUUCGAUGACUACCGGGGUAAAGGCUGCGUGGACGACAGCGGCUUCGUCUACAAACUGGGGGAGCGCUUCUACCCGGGUCACUCGAACUGUCCGUGCGUGUGCACGGAGGACGGGCCCGUGUGCGACCAGCCGGAGUGCCCCAAACUGCACCCCAAGUGCACCAAAGUGGAGCACAACGGAUGCUGCCCAGAGUGCAAGGAGGUUAAAAACUAUUGCGAGUACCGGGGGAAAACGUAUAAAAUACUGGAAGAAUUCAAGGUGUUUCACCUACAGGGUUCCCCAUCAGAUGAGGAAGGGACCAGUCCGCCCAGCAUGGCUGCCGGCGUCCCUCUGGCCCCAGCGCAGCUGCAAUCAAGAACCGGGAGAUAUAGGCCGUCACCCUGUGAAUGGUGCCGCUGCGAACCAAAUAAUGAGGUGCACUGUGUGGUGUCCGACUGCGCCGUCCCAGAGUGUGUCAACCCUGUGUAUGAGCCGGAGCAAUGCUGCCCCAUCUGUAAAAACGGUCCAAAUUGCUUUGCUGGAACAACGAUCAUCCCAGCCGGAAUUGAAGUGAAGGUGGACGACUGCACCAUCUGCCGCUGCCACAACGGAGACUGGUGGAAGCCGGCGCAGUGCUUGCGGCGGGAGUGCCUCAACGGCCAGACGUUGUCAUAGAGAGACUCCACCGGGGAUGGUGGAAAAGCUCAGGCAAGGCCCUGCCUACUGCACCAUUUUGUAUGAUUGACAGGGCAGGAGCACAAUUCCUAAGCAACCUGAGACAGCGCAGCAUCAGCCGAGAUGCUCUCACAAGCUUUCACACAAACACUAAUUUAGCCGCUGAGAAGAAGACAGAACUUGUCUCAAGGCUGUUUCCACCCUCCAGUUUUAAUCGUCCUAUCUAUUUUCAGAAGUUCUUGACUUGCUGCUCUCUCACACACACAAAAGUUUCUAAGCUCCUUGAACUCUUUCCUAACCAUCGGCAAUGUUGGAUUGCUCAUGUUGAUUUCCGUACGUAUGCCAUCUGCUUGUUGUACUUGUCUGUCACAAUCACGCAGGUGUUGUAAUGUUCCAACAGCAGGAAAAACAAACCGUAAGCACACUUUAACGGCGCUUUUUUUUAUUUUUUGUCAUGCGAGGAUUGAAGAAAGCACUGCUUUGAGUUUCACGACUUCACUCUAAGAGCUUUGUUUACAAGAUGCACAUCACACACAUAACAUGUUUGUGUCUUCAUAAGACUUUGAGACUUUUUAUCGCUAUGGCAGGAACUCACCUCUAACACUUAGAUGAUGCUACUGUCAAUUUUAUAAACUGCUAUAAAACCCCCAAAACGCAGAUUAUUGAUCAACAUAACCAUGGAUUUGAAGUCAUGUUUCUGUAUAGUAGCAGCACAGGCAGGGGGAAGUUUGUAGAGUUAGGGAAAAGCGGGAAAAUGUGGUAGCAAGCAACCAUGAGAAGAGCAAAUUCUGCAACACUGCAUCAAAACAACUUUGGGCAGCCUCUUCCGGCUUAAUUUGUCGUUAUUGUUUUCUCUCAGAGGUCCAUAUCCUCCAAAAAUAUUCCCGCUAACUAACUGCUUGAACUUGUUAUCAAAGCAAUUAGCGAGCCACGAGCAGCCUGCUUUAAUUUCCCUUAAUCAAGAAGUAUUCUGUGAUAAAUCAUCCAGCUGGGUGCUUGGCGCCGCCGCAGCAGCCUGCAUACUGGGCGCACUCCACGAGAUCCAGCACACAAAAGGAGGGAAUCUGCAUAUGUCUAAAUGCUUUUAAAGCAGCGUGUUUCACGUUGCGCAUUGUCCGUGUGAGCCUACACAAGCACGCCAUUCAUCCACAGUGUGUUGAUCUGCACCCAGUGAAGCACUUAUAAGGCUUGUUAAGACACAAAGCUGUUACAUUAUCCCACUGCUAGAAUAGAUUGUGUAAUAGAUCUUCAGCUCCUCCCCUCGCUGAUAUGUUAGUUCUAAUGUGGCGGGGGAUAUACAAUAAUGUAUUGCCUUGAUAUUUUCUCAGAUCAGAGUGGUCCAGUUUGAGAGAAAAAAGCACCAACCCAGGGUUGGGCCCUGGGUUGGUGCGAUAUUUUGAGAUGAUAAAUACCAGUCAUUAAUUCAAAGGUGAAUUCCAGUAAGCUCACGCCAUUCAUCACUAGAAUUUUUUCCAUUUCCAGAAAAUCCGUUCCCGUUAACCUUUUAGACCCUAUUCCUCGGUGGUGAUGGAUGGGCUGCUUAAUAGCAGCUCCCAGCACUCUGUAAUGAGACAGAAAUGAACAUAGGCUAAAGACCAAUGACGAAAGAGGUAUAUUACCUUAAAAAGGCACUAAAACUAAUUUUUGGAAGAAAUCUCAUAGCCGGCUGCAUAUUCUCGAAAAGCUGCGGUUGAUUGAGGAAUCACAGUGUGGGCGGAGUUCAAUCGUAGGUGCGACAAUGGAGCUCGGGUCAUUUUCAUCAUUAAGCUACAGUGAUUUAGUGUCUCUCAAUGUGAAGAGACAGUCCUCAUCCAUCUGGCUUGAGGUCCGCAGUCUCGUGAAAACCAUAAACUGACAUUUACGGUUUAUCAAUCACAGCCUCGGUGCUCCCGAACAUUUUAGGAUUAAUAAAAGAGCUUCAUUCAUCUUAAUUACUUCAGAUGCCAAAUAAUUAUUCAGCCUGUACAUGUAUCCAAAAAAUAUAUUGGAAUUACUUUACUGGGUAGCAAAGAUCUGAAGUGAGUGUUGCCAGGGGCUCAGAGGCAUUGCUGCCACCACCGAUGCCUUAUUGCUACGGUUCCAGAUCAGAUUCACAAAGCACGGCCUUCGGCUUCACACAGUAUGAACAGCCCAGACUGAUUAAAGGGGUUCGCCAGCCAAAUUAAGAAUUCCAAUAUGUUAUUUCCAUGGCUUUGGAAAGUUCAUCCAAUAUUUGUGAAAAUGAGCUACUCUCUCUCUCAAAGCCAGAAACCAGAGAUGGAAGUCUCAAAGUUGUGAUGUCAUAGGGUAUAAAGUCUGGAGCUGCUCAGACGAUGAAUAGUAGACUGAUUUUAUG